AUGGAGAACGGUGCAUCUUCUGAUGGCAAGGAUCCAUCAACUUUCCUGGGGGAGAUCAUCGGCGCCCCAGUCACUGUCAAAUUGAACUCUGGAGUUGUCUAUAAAGGAGAACUUCAAUCGGUAGACGGCUAUAUGAAUAUAGCAUUGGAGAAAUCCGAGGAAUUUGUUAAUGGACAAUUGACGCGCAGUUAUGGGGAUGCCUUCAUCCGAGGAAAUAAUGGUUUGUCAUGUCAGACCUACCAAGAUUGGCACUUCUAA